AUGCAUAAAUAUUAUGAAAUUGCUACACUUAACUUCCUUCCUUCUUCCCUCAUAGCUCUUUGUGGAGGAAAUAUAACUGCUAUGAAUGGUACAAUAUAUUCACCUGGCUACCCUGAUGAAUAUCCAAAUUUUCAAGACUGUUUUUGGCUUGUAAGAGUACCACCAGGAAAUGGCAUUUAUAUCAAUUUUACUGUUCUUCAAACUGAACCAAUAUAUGAUUUUAUAACAGUUUGGACAGUUUGUGUAUUUAGUUCCUUCAGUUUUAAUUAUAAAGUGCAUUUAUUAACAUAUAGGGACAUAAUAAGGUACCAGUGCCUACCAGGUUUUACAUUAGUUGGUAGUGAGAUUCUGACAUGUCGACUAGGAGAGCGAUUGCAGAUGGAUGGCACACCACCUUCUUGCCAAGUAUUGUGUCCAGCAAAUGAAUUGCGCCUUGAUUCAACUGGAGUGAUUCUCAGCCCAGGCUACCCAGAUAGCUAUCCAAAUCUUCAAAUGUGUGCUUGGACCAUUACAGUGGAAAAGGGUUACAAUAUCAGCCUUUACUUUGAAUUCUUCCAGACCGAGAAAGAAUUUGAUAUACUUGAGGUGUUUGAUGGACCAAACAGUCAUAGCCCAUUGCUAAUCUCCUUAAGUGGAGAUUAUACCUCCUCUCUCAAUAUAACAAGCACUGGCCAUGAAGUAUUUCUCCGAUGGUCAGCAGACCAUGGUACCAACAAAAAAGGUUUUAGGAUAAGAUACAUAGCUAUCUCCUGUGGAAUUCCAAAAGCUCCAUUAAAUGGUGGGAUAUUAACUACAGAUUACUUAGUAGGCACGUACGUUACUUACUUUUGCAAUGAUGGGUACCGGCUAUCCUCCAAGGAACUAACCACUGCAUCCUGCCAGCCAGAUGGCACAUGGAGCAACCAUAAUAAAACACCUCGCUGUGUAGUUGUUACCUGCCCAAGCAUUAAUUCAUUUACCCUGGAACAUGGAAGGUGGCGAAUAGUGAAUGGUUCUCACUAUGAGUACAAAACAAAAGUAGUUUUUAGCUGUGAUCCUGGCUACCAUGGAUUGGGACCAGAAUCCAUUGAAUGCCUCGCUAAUGGAACUUGGAGCUGGAGAAACGAGAGGCCAUACUGCCAAAUUAUUUCCUGUGGAGAACUUCCUACACCUCCAAAUGGGAAUAAAAUUGGGACUCAGAUUACAUAUGGCUCGACUGCUAUAUUUACUUGUGACCUAGGAUUCAUGCUGGUGGGCUCAGCGGUAAGAGAAUGUCUCUCUUCUGGAUUAUGGAGUGGAACUGAAACGAGAUGCUUAGCGGGUCAUUGUGGAAUUCCAGAUCUUAUCGUUAAUGGUCAAGUGAUCGGUGAAAAUUAUGGAUAUAGAGACACUGUUGUAUAUCAGUGCAGCCCUGGCUUUAGGCUCAUUGGUUCUUCUGUACGGAUCUGCCAGCAAGAUCACAACUGGUCUGGUCAGCUUCCAUCCUGUGUGCUGGUCAACUGUUCGGAUCCAGGAAUCCCUGGAAAUUCUAUAAGAGAAAGCAAAAUAGAACAUGGAAAUUUUACCUACGGUACAGUUGUUUUUUAUGACUGCAGUCCAGGAUAUUUUUUAUUUGGGUCUUCAAUUUUAGUCUGUCAGCCGAAUGGACACUGGGAUAAACAUCUGCCAGAAUGUAUUAUGAUUGACUGCGGUCAUCCUGGCAUUCCUCCAAAUGCGAUCCUUUCUGGAGAGAAAUACACAUUUGGAUCUACUGUUCAUUAUUCUUGUUCAGGAAGGAGAUCUUUAAUAGGCCAGGCAUCCAGGACAUGUCAACUAAAUGGACACUGGAGUGGAACAAUGCCUCAUUGCUCAGGUGACACAGCAGGGACUUGUGGGGAUCCAGGAAUCCCAGGCCAUGGUUCUAGGGAACAAACUAAUUUUAGAACUAAAAGUGUUGUACAGUUCUCUUGUGAGCUUGGUUACAUCCUUCAUGGAUCAGAAGAAAGAACUUGUUUGGCAAAUGGAAGUUGGACAGGAAGGCAACCAGAAUGUAAAGCUGUUCAGUGUGGUAAUCCUGGAACAACAGCUAAUGGGAAAGUGUUUCAAAUUGAUGGCACAACAUUCUCUAGUUCUGUGAUUUAUUCCUGCAUGGAAGGCUAUAUUCUGUCUGGACCUUCUGUGCGACAAUGCACUGCCAAUGGGACGUGGUCUGGUUCCUUGCCGAAUUGUACAAUAAUCAGUUGUGGAGAUCCAGGAAUACCAGCCAAUGGAUUGAGAUACGGGGAUGAUUAUGUAGUUGGACAAAAUGUUACUUAUAUGUGUCAACCUGGAUACACAAUGGAAGCCAACAGUUCCAAAAUUCGUACUUGCACUAGUAAUGCCACAUGGAGCGGAAUGCUGGCAACUUGUAAAGCUGUUACCUGUCCAACUCCACCCCAGAUUUCUAAUGGAAAACAGGAAGGAAUAAAUUUUGAUUGGGGGUUCAGCAUUAGUUAUGUCUGUUCACCUGGCUAUGAAUUAUCAUUUCCUGCUGUUUUGACUUGUGUUGGGAACGGAACAUGGAGUGGUGAAGUCCCACAGUGCUUACCAAAGUUUUGUGGUGACCCAGGAGUACCUGCUCAAGGCAAAAGGGAAGGCAAAAGCUUUAUUUAUCAGUCAGAAGUCUCUUUCAGUUGUAAUCUUCCAUUUGUGUUGGUUGGUUCCAGCACUCGUAUAUGUCAAGCAGAUGGUACAUGGAGUGGAUCAUCUCCCCGUUGCAUAGAACCUACUCGGACAGCCUGUGAAAACCCUGGGGUUCCUCGUCAUGGAUCGCAAAACAACACCUUUGGUUACCAGGUAGGCAAUAUUGUGCAGUUUCACUGCAGAAAAGGCUACCUGCUUCAAGGGUCUACAACUCGAACCUGCCUUCCUGACCUUACAUGGAGUGGGAUCCAACCUGAAUGCAUUGCUCACAGCUGCAAGCAGCCCGAAUCUCCAGCUCACACAAAUGUGGCAGGAAUGGAUCUUCCAUCUCUCGGUUAUACCUUGAUAUAUACAUGCCAACCCGGAUUCUUUCUAGCAGGAGGAUCAGAACAUAGAGUCUGUAGAUCUGAUGGCACAUGGACAGGGAAGGUUCCUUUCUGUGAAGCUGGUUCUAAAAUUUUGGUGAAAGAUCCUAGACCUGCUUUGGGAACACCAAGCCCCAAAUUAAAUGGGUUGUAUAAAAGUCAAGAAGCCCGUUUAAUGCUCCAUAUAUAUCUCAUUAAAGCACCAUACCAAACUUCUGCGAACAAACUGAAAGACGACAAAUGGGCAAUGGAUGGCUUUGUUUCUGCAGAACCUGAUGGUGCAACCUAUGUUUUUCAAGGAUUUAUUCAGGGUAAAGAUUAUGGUCAGUUUGGACUUCAAAGAUUAGGACUUAAUAUGUCUAAAGGAUCAAAUUCAUUAAAUCAAUCACAUGGUACAAACAGCAGUUCUGUGGCCAUUGCUAUUCUCGUGCCUUUUUUCGCCCUUAUUUUAGCAGGCUUUGGAUUUUACCUUUAUAAACAAAGGUAG